CUCAGGCUGUUAGCACCAUGGGAUUUGUUGUUCAACUCAUACUUUGUUUCAGUCUUCUUCCCUUAUCUACCACCGGUGAUGACUCUGACAGCACAGAACAUAUGCUGGACUUACAGGUGGAUGUGGAUUUCCCUGGCAACGAUGUGCUGCAGAUCUGCUCCCCUGAUGUGCUCCACUGCCAGCGUGCCUGCAGCCAGCAUCACUCCUGCCAGUUCUUCACCUUCAUCAGGCCUGACUGGCCCCAGGACAACAGGAAAUUCUACUGUUACCUCAAGCGCACAGCCUCUGGGACACCUACAGAGACCAAUCUGAAGGGGGUGACAUCAGGCUACUCCCUUAAAACCUGUGAGGAGCCAGGAGAGAGAGACGAGAUCCAAGAACCAAUACUUACUUGCAAUGGAUCAUCCUGGCGCCUAGAUGACCUGCUGUUUGUUAAUGCUAAUCUAUCUUGGCGGGAGGCCCUGCAGUACUGUAGGCAGAGGGGCUCCAGGCUGGUCCACAUCCUGAACAGUACCAUCCAGACCCGGGUCACCCAGCUGCUGAGCUCCCUGCCGGACGAGAUCCGCCCCGUGCCCACGGCCUGGGUGGGGCUGGAGCGCUGCAUGAUCAACCCCAGUGCACCAUGGGAGUGGGUUGAGACUGGGGUGGUCGAGUACGAGCGUUGGCAUGACCACCACCCGCGGGACUGCUGCAACUACCACUGUGGCCAGGUGGUGCAGGAGCCUGCAGGGGACUACAGGUGGUGGGACGCCUGCUGCAUGGAGGAACACCCCUUCAUCUGUCAGGACAAGAAUGAGAUGAGUAAUUAAAUGGCA